GCUGCAGCAGGAGCAGCUUGCUGCAUCCAGACCUUCAGUCCAGUGAGCUGCACUAGUCCUGAGAGCCACCAUCUCAGAGAAGUAGUCCAGCCACUCCACUAACAUCCAGUCUGACUCCUGCAGCUGGAGCACACACUUCACUCUCAACUAAAGCCUGCCAGGUUAUACACUUAUCGUUCUGUAAGGAGACGAUGAUGAUGAGGAUGCAGCAGAACUCAAGGAGCUUUCUGGUCCUUCUCCUCAUGGUCUUCAUCAUUGGGAUUGUUCUGUCUGGUCCCUCAACUCCACGCAGAAGCAGAGUGCGACGUCAGAACAUGAAGGUUCGCAUCAAUGCCACAGGAGACACGAUCGUGAUGAAGUUUUUGCGUCCCAACCCUGACACCAAGCUUGAGGGCUACAUCUUGGGCUAUGGCAGCAGCAUGUUCUCCAAACAGUUCAUUCAGCUGCCUGAGAACGGGCAGCCGUACGAGACUGAGUUUGAUGCUGAGCCCAAGUACCUUAUUGCUGUCCAGCCCAUCCCAAUCAAUGAGGUGAAAAAGCAAUGCACAGGUAAGGUGGAAAUACAGAAGCCUCUACACUUAGUGAUUGGGUCAGUAACGCCAACUUCAGUGCUCUUGUCCUGGGGGACAUUGCUGAAAACCCCCUAUGACAGUAAUAUCAUGGAUGACUGUCUGGAGGAUGGACACUAUACAGUGCGUUAUCGUGAGAGGAACAGGAAAUGGAACUACCAGACCUGCCCUACUAGUGAUACGGUCAUUGAUAAUCUGAAGCCCCACGCGCUCUAUGAGUUUGCUGUGCAGCCCAACUCCAAGGACACUAAUGGGAUUUGGAGCAAACCGGUCUUAUACAACAACAGCAAGUCAGGCUUAGAGGAGAGGGCUGCCAGGAACAUCUUUAAAGUGCCUGGGAAACCUGGUGCAAAGUCCUUUCAUCCUCCUCCUGCUCUCAAUAACAGAACCAUGGGCAGAGUGCUCGUCAACCGGAUCAUAGCCCCAAAGACCACUCUGGCUCCAACCACAACUACUAGACAGGAAUCUCUAUCGACCCCUGGACCUACACCACCUGUUGUCACCAAACUGCCAAUCGGAACUGGCAGCCUCAGACCAUCCAUUGCUGAAGUCCCUCGGCCUCCCAUUAGGUCAACAUUCCCUGCAGCAGGAAGAAACUCCACUCGCACCCGGGUUCCUAAUAAUAGUCAUACUCGUGGUGGUGGUCCAUCCAAGAUCUCUCAUAGCUCCAGCUCACCCAGGGCAAAAGAUGGGGGGCCCAAUGCUCUUCCUAAGCCUAUGGUGUGGACCAAAGAACACCCUGGUCGGCAUCCUCCUAUUCCUGACAACAAGAAGCCCAACCAGGUUGGGAAACCCACUGACAAUGAUAAACCCAUGGACCUGAAACAUGGAGACAAGGAGUCCAUCUUGAAGCCAUUCCCUCGAGUCACAGCCAAGCCCAAGCAAGAGCGAAGACAGCAGACAACCACCUCUGCCCCAGCAGUCAACAGCAGUCAGUUUGAAGUGUAUGAAAACUCAUCCAUAUUUAGACCCCUGCCUACGUCAGAUGUCGACAUCACGGGCAAGAAGCGCUUCAUAGGUCCACAUGUAACCUACAAGACAGGCAAAACAGCAGAAGAGCCAUGCUCCAUCACUUCCUCCCUGGCUUAUUUCCCUGAUGAGGAGGGCAGCGAUCUGAAUGUGACUGGCCCUCCCCGCAUACCACCCACCAACCUCACUGUGGUGACUGUGGAGGGUUGCCCAUACUUUGUCAUUCUGAACUGGACAAAAACUGACAAUGAAACCAGAGAAUAUGAAGUUGAGUCUACAACUAAAGGACCAAAUGGAGAGGAGGUGUCCAUACAGACGACCAACCAGACACACACAGCCGUAGAGAAUCUCCAGCCAGAAAGCAGUUAUGAAUUCAAAGUCACUCCAAAGAAUGAGCUAGGAACUGGACCGUCUACUGAUCCUGUGUCCUUCAACACAGAAUCAGCGGAUCCAAGAGUGAGUGAAUACGUUCCAGGCAAAGACGCUAUCUGGACUCAGUUCCCUUUUAAAUCUGACGCCUACUCUGAGUGUAACGGAAAGCAGUUUGUGAAGAGAACCUGGUACCGGAAGUUUGUGGGGAUCCAGCUCUGCAACUCGCUGAGAUACAAAAUCUACCUGAGUGACUCGCUCAAUGGCAAGUUCUACAACAUUGGAGAUCAGACGGGUCACGGCGAGGACCAUUGUCAGUUUGUAGACUCAUUCCUGGAUGGGCGGACUGGCACCCAGAUGUUUGCUGACCAGCUACCAAGCAGGCUAGGAUAUUUCAGAGCAAUGAGACAAGAACCCGUCCACUUUGGAGAAAUUGGAGGAAAGUCACACGUUACCUAUGUAGGCUGGUACGAGUGUGGCACACCCAUACCUGGGAGGUGGUAAGAUCUCACAGAGCUGGUCAGGAGAAUGACCUCCUAGCUGUUGAGGAAGAAGAAGAUGGCCGUCUGUGUGUGGAGGAAGGUGGUCUUCUUUUUUCAUGUUGCCAUGGACACUGUCGGUUUGAAAUCAGCCUACUCUCCCAGGCCUGACCCUUUAUAGGACUAUAACACAAAACUCAAUUGAGUGCUUUUGUAACAUCGGUCUUAAUUUCUCUAUUUAUCGAAAAUGCGUCAAGACAGACAAAAAUCGUACAACCAAAAAUGUUGAACAUACAGUAAUCACAGAAAAAAAUACUUAUAAUUGGGAAGCUGGCUCCCAAUGUGUAAUAAUGUGUAUGAUAUUAUUUAUCAGUGGUUUGUUAUUGAAUGUGCUGUGUGCUUGGGCUUUUGAGUUGAGAAAGUAAAAAUUGUUGCUCGUAGUUGCAUGUCAGUGAGCACACACUCAAGUAAGUUGUAUACGGAAAAGGUGCCAAUCAUAAUUCCAUUGUACACUUGGACUGUGGAAACAACACAGACAUGCAGAAUUGACCUUCUGCUGGCCCUACGGGUUUAUUAGCAGUCGCAGUUUGCACAGUAUUAAACGUUUCAUAUAUGUAUAUGAUGUGAAAUAUAGAAUGUAUACCAGGCAGUGUCCACAGAUGGUCUGAUACAUUUCAGGUAAAAGAUAAAAGAAUCAUUUUAGGCCAAAUUGUUCAUCUAUUGUAAGAAAAUGUAGGUUUUGAGCCCCAGAGGUUCUACGGCAUCACUUGAAAACAAAGGCAUUUUGUUAAUACCCAUGCAGUCCUGUAUCGUAGAAUAAAAACUAUACUAAAAAUAUAUAUGUAAAAAUAGAAAUAAAGCUUCUGUGUAGAAAUGAUAUAUAGACAAAUGACAUGUUUUUUUCUUUCGAUCCUGUUACAGAAUGUACAUAAAGCUUUACGUAGAUGGAGAAACACUUGCCAGUAUUUACACUACAGUUGGAAGUUGUUUUUGAUCAUUUAUUUUUCCAGUAAUAAAUCUUGUUUUUAUAUUGA